AUGGAGAACAAAAGAAUGGGUGUAUUUGUGGUGGUGAUGUUGAUGAUUGGAACCCUAAUGGUUGAAUCAAGGGAAAUAGCAACUACUCCAAUCACUGUAAAACCAACUUUUCCUAUUUGCUAUACUACAUGCUUUGCACUGUGCCUUCUUAAUCCAAUCUUUCUAAACAAAAAAAAAUGUCCUGAAAAAUGUGGCAAUAAAUGUCUAGAAUCAAAACCAAAUCCACCAAAAUGA